GAUAGUUUUUAAUAGCAUCCGAAAUGAUAGAGAUGAGCAGGGCCUAUAAAAUGGUGCUACAAUCACAAGGGUUCGUGGUAUCAGAGCUUGUGAUGAGAAUGGGAAGGAGGAGCAUCUGCCUGGCGUCCUUUGUGGCGCUUUUGUGCCUGGGGUCGACGCUUGCUACACAGGAGAAGCGAGUCGCAGAUCAAACAUGUGGUUCCGGGUUCCAGGAAGGGGAAGUCGAGUUUUUCCCCAACAUCUCGAAGAUAGAGUACGAGGGACCCUCUAGCAAGAACCCACUUGCUUUCAAGUGGUACAAUCCGGAGGAAGAGAUCUAUGGCAAGAAGAUGAAGGACUGGCUGAGGUUCAGUGUCGCCUUCUGGCAUACAUUCCGAGGGGAUGGUAGUGAUCCUUUUGGAUCUCCGACGAAGCAGUGGCCUUGGGAUGAUGGAACGGACUCGCUCGAGAUGGCCUUCACAAGAAUGCGGGCAAACUUUGAGUUCCUGAAAAAGCUUGGCCUUAACCGAUGGUGCUUCCACGAUAGAGAUAUUGCGCCAGAGGGCCGGACUCUGGAGGAAUCAAAUGCCAACCUCGACAAAGUUGUUGCUUUAGCUAAGCAGCUACAGGAAGGCACAGACAUCAGGCCUCUCUGGGGAACCGCGCAGCUUUUCAAGCACCCAAGAUACAUGCAUGGCGCGGCCACCAGUCCCGACGCUAGGAUUUAUGCUUAUGCAGCCGCUCAAGUCAAGAAGGCUAUGGAGGCUACGAAAGAGCUUGGUGGGGAGAAUUACGUGUUCUGGGGUGGCCGGGAAGGAUAUCAGUCUCUCUUGAACACAGACCUUGAGAGGGAGCUCAAUCACCUGGGACAAUUUUUGAAAUCAGCCGCUGAGUACAAGAAGAAGAUCGAAUUUGACGGCGUGCUUCUCAUUGAACCAAAGCCUCAGGAACCCACGAAGCAUCAAUAUGAUUGGGAUGCUGCAACUGCGAUUGGAUUCUUGCAAAAAUAUGGAUUGAAGGACGACUUCAAGCUGAACAUUGAAUGCAACCACGCAACGCUUGCGGGUCACAGCUGCUAUCAUGAACUGGAAGUUUCUCGAAUCAAUGGAGUUUUGGGAAACAUUGACGCCAACACUGGUGACGCUCAAACAGGAUGGGAUACCGACCAGUUCCUGAUGGAUAUUGCAGAAACCACGCAAGUGAUGCUUUCAGUGCUUCAGAAUGGAGGUCUUGCUCCUGGUGGAUUCAACUUCGAUGCCAAACUGAGAAGGGAAAGUACAGACGUGGAAGACUUGUUCAUCUCUCAUAUCGCUGGCAUGGACGCAAUGGCACGCGGGCUUCGCAAUGCAGCCAAAAUCCUUGAGGAGGGUACUCUUCCAAGUAUCGUGAAAGAGCGAUAUGCAAGCUUUGACUCUGCUUUGGGAGCUUCCAUUGAGUCUGGGGAGCUCGGAUUUGAAGAGCUGGAGCAGGAGGCCCUGAGAAUGGAGGAGCCACUACCUGCGUCUGGGAAGCAAGAGCUAGCUGAGAUGGUGUUCUAUAACUCCAUAUAACCAGCAUGAGAUAACUCCAUACUCCAUAUAACGAUGUGAUAUCUAUGUAAAGGCUUGAUUACAUGAACUUGUAAAGAAUGUUAUCACAAAAUGUCUUUUACCUCUCAA